AUGACAGACAAGCAAUAUACCGUUGUAAUAGAGGAACCAACUGCGAAGCUGUAUCGCAUUACAAAUCCGGGAAUUCAAAUGAAGCCUCACGACUUCACGCUGGUCAAGCAAGAAGAUGGCGACCGACAGUUGAUCUCCACCAACAAGCUUUAUGAGGCAGCAAGCUGUGAUUCAGUUGCCACUGGAUAUGAGUUCGAUUACUACGUUGUGCGGAUAAAUGACGGAGACAGCACAGUGACUCUUACACCAACUGUUCCUGUGUCUCUUUAUUUGAACCCGGUGCACGAAGAAACCAUAAAGCCUGUACUGCAGCGCACAGCUGACAAUAAGCUUCGGUCAAGUUGUUCGCUUCGCGAGGCGGUCAACUUCUUCACGACUCGCCAAGGGACCUUCAGUCAAAGUAAGCUUCAAGGAAUGAUAACAAGCACCAUGCUUUCGACGAGUAGCAUUGCAGAGGCUGGCGGAGCCAUCAUUGCUCAGGAAAAGGCUAGGGGUUUCUGUAACGAGUAUACAAAUUAUCCUCCAUUCAAUCUUUCAGCUAGCCUGGCUAGUGAUGUCUUCCCCAUUCGCGGGCUAUUGUGCAUAAGUAUCAUAGACUACUGCAAAACGCACACCGGCUCUCUCUCGCGUGAGUAUUGGAGCAACUAUGUAAGAGAGGUAUCGAUGCCUAGGGAUUUAUCUGUGACUGCAAACUCAGACGCUACGCCCUCAGCUUCCGCACAAGGCGAUAAGGCCGCUGCCACUGGUAGCUCAACCUCUAGCAGCUCUGACUCUGAUGAAGACAUCACUGUAUCUGCUCUUCACAGCGCUGAUCCUUCCGCCAAGGACACGGACUCUAUGCUAGAGCUUACCGAAUUUGCUAAAAAUGAACGAGAAAGGCUUUCUGUGUUAGGCUGCAACCAAUUCGAUGAUACAUUGAACAGACCAUUGUACAUGAACAACAUACACUAUCAGGAAGAAGGUGGGGUAUACUACUACACUAUUACAGGGAUUGUGAAAACCUGGAAACGUCGGGGUGCCAUUGACUAUGACACCACCAUCGAAUCAAAGGAUAUAGUUCGCUUCUUGCGCGAGUUUGAUUUCCGUUUCACCUAUACUCGGUCCAGUAUCGACGUAUCCGAUGGACUUGCCAUACAGCUACUAGAGCGGUACAGAGCAAACCUUUUGGCGUACGCAGCUGUUCCUGGCUAUGACAGGUGUCGCCUCCACGACUUAGCAUCUCUCUUACUAGUCCUCUAUGAGAUGCUCUUGUAUAUAGCAGGCGCUGAUAGAUACUCUGUCCCCAUUACAGAGUUCAUCAGUGGUCGACUUGGGUGCAGCUUCAAGCCAUCUACUGGCAGGGCUCGGGCUGUGAGAGACAUACUGCCGCCAUAUGCAUGUGCAAUCAUUUUGCAUUUUGAGAACUAUACAGUUGACCCGCAGGUACUGUCCAAAGUCCUGCAGAUUGACAUCUUUGCUAUCUGUAGACUUUGCACCAGCCUCUUCUGUAAGCGAACGGGCAAGGACAAUCAGAGGUAUCAGUUGAAGGCACCGGUUGUUAAGAGCGGAGAGAUAAUUAAAAAACGGCGUGGUUUACAGAGUAUAGCACUCAAGAGAUCAAUGGUAUAG